UUUGUUCCAAACUUUGUUUAUGGGACAGUCCGGGAGCCGCGGCGGCCGCGCUGCCUGCUUCUCCUCCGCCUCCGCGCGGCCCGGGCGUGCCUGAAGCCAGCUCGGGGGAUGUGAGAGCCGAAGCGUCUCGGCUGCCGGGCACCGCGUCGAAUUGGAACUCGCCGGCAGCGCUCGGGCUCCCCUCGAGCUCGGAACGCCCUCGAGCGACCCCGGCCUGACGGCGGAUUCCGGCGGGACGGCGGCCGCCGCACGCCCAGCCUCGGCUUCGCUGCGCGCCCAGAAGAUGAAUCCGGCCUCGGCGCCCCCCCCGCUCCCGCCGCCCGGGCAGCAGGUCAUCCACGUCACGCAGGACCUGGACACGGACCUCGAGGCCCUCUUCAACUCCGUCAUGAACCCCAAGCCCAGCUCCUGGCGGAAGAAGAUCCUGCCGGAGUCGUUCUUCCAGGAGCCGGACUCGGGCUCGCACUCCCGCCAGUCCAGCACCGACUCGUCGGGCUGCCACCCCGGGCCGCGGCUGGCCGGCGGCGCCCAGCACGUCCGCUCGCACUCGUCGCCCGCGUCCCUGCAGCUGGGCGCGGGCGCGGGCGCGGCGGGCGGCGCGGCGCAGCAGCACGCGCACCUCCGCCAGCAGUCCUACGACGUCACGGACGAGCCGCCGCUGCCCCCCGGCUGGGAGAUGACCUUCACCGUCACCGGCCAGAGGUACUUCCUCAAUCACAUAGAAAAAAUCACCACAUGGCAAGACCCUAGGAAGGUGAUGAAUCAGCCCCUGAAUCAUAUGAACCUCCACCCUGCUGCCACUUCCACACCGGCACCCCAGAGGUCCAUGGCCGUGUCUCAGCCGAAUGUCGUGAUGAACCACCAGCACCAGCAGCAGAUGGCGCCCAGCACUCUGAGCCAGCAGAGCCACCCCACUCAGAACCCACCGGCAGGGCUCAUGAGUAUGCCCAACGCACUGACCACUCAACAGCAACAGCAGCAGAAACUUCGACUUCAGAGGAUCCAGAUGGAGAGAGAGAGGAUUAGAAUGCGCCAAGAGGAGCUCAUGAGGCAGGAAGCUGCCCUCUGCAGACAGCUGCCCAUGGAAGCCGAUACUCUGACAACAGUGCAGGCUGCUGCCAACCCUCCUGCCAUGACCUCAGACAUGAGAUCCAUCUCUAAUAAUAGCUCCGAUCCUUUCCUCAAUGGAGGGCCGUAUCAUUCGAGGGAACAGAGCACUGACAGUGGCCUGGGCUUGGGGUGUUACAGUGUCCCUACCACCCCAGAGGACUUUCUCAACAAUAUGGAUGAAAUGGACACAGGAGAAAACACGGGACCAACGCCCAUGAACAUGAAUCCUCAGCAGACCCGAUUCUCUGAUUUUCUUGACUGUCUUCCAGGAACAAACGUUGACCUAGGAACUUUGGAAUCUGAAGAUCUGAUCCCCCUCUUCAAUGAUGUAGAGUCUGCUUUGAACAAAAGCGAACCCUUUCUAACCUGGCUGUAGUCAGUACUGUUGUAACUGGAUGCAGUGUGACCUGCCUGACAUUUCCUGGGCCUCUUGGAAAAUGCGAGGGAGCAGAGGACUUCAGCAGGUGAACCACUUCCUGCCUCAUGACUCAUGCUCCCUCCUUUCCAUGCGGCUAGCUUAGUGAUUGCCUGGAUUUGAUUGGCAGUAACAAGUUAAACACAAAUAUUUUCUUUACCAUUUUGCAAACUUGCGUUCCUGCAACUAGAUUGUACGAAAUUGUUUCUGCAGAACUGAUUAUGCAGAGUUGCUUCUGUUUUUCUUUCUGCUGCCCCUUGACAACAUUUUAUGGGUGUUAGUUAAAUUUAUACAGGUAUUGAUUAUAAACCAUAAAAAUUGACCACAGGCAGUCACUUCUGAUAGGCAGCUCAGUCCAGGAAAUGUACACAAUAUUAAACCUGUUUUGCAGUUUGAAAAACUAUGCUGAUGACAGUAGUACUAAUACUUUUAAAAGUAUUAACUUGAGCUUUAAAAAUAAUUGUAUGGAUAGUAAGAUUCUGCUGUACGGACACAGUAUAGUUCGGAAU